AAUCUUGAUUGAGAGUUGGAUAAGUGAAAAAGGAAAUCGAGGAAAAUAUUUGGAUUUUGAUAUUUUUCAUGAAAAGUUAUUAAAUAUUAAUUGACAUCUAUUGCAAUGGCUUACAAUAGAAAUCCCGUGAAAUACACGCCUACAUGGCAACCAAAUUUUUCAGGAGGAAAUUUAACUGUCGUUGAUAAAGUUCUACCAGAGAUGCUUUUCCUAAUUGAUCCCCAUUGGAAUCAAUUUCCACCAAUGAAUUCAUUGUGGCAUUCGAUCCUUGGAUUUGCUAUUGGAAUGUUUUCUGUCAUGGCAAUGCUUGGAAACAUGUGCGUGAUUUACAUUUUUCUCAAAACAAAAUCACUUCGGACACCUUCAAAUCUUUAUGUUGUGAAUUUGGCAUUCUCGGAUUUUAUGAUUAUGUUCACGAUGGCACCACCAAUGAUAAUCAACUGCUACAAUGAAACGUGGGUGUUUGGACCAAUGAUGUGUCAAAUAUAUGGAAUGUGUGGAUCUCUGUUCGGUUGUGUAUCUAUUUGGACGAUGAUAGUGAUUGCUUUCGAUCGCUACAAUGUCAUCGUUAAGGGUUUGUCAGCUACACCUUUGACAAAUGGUUCAGCUGUGUUUAAAAUAUUCUUGGUGUGGCUCUCUUCGGCUAUUUGGACUAUUGUGCCCUUGUUCGGAUGGAAUCGUUAUGUUCCAGAAGGUAACAUGACUGCAUGUGGAACUGAUUAUCUCAGCAAAGGAUGGGAAAGUCGAUCUUACGUGUUUCUUUAUGGAGUUUGGGUUUAUUUUCUCCCACUUUUGAUGAUCAUGUAUGCUUAUUAUUACAUCCUAAAAGCAGUCGGUAAACAUGAGAAAAACAUGAGAGAACAAGCCAAGAAAAUGAAUGUCGCUUCAUUGAGAUCUGAAAAAGAAUCGAGCAAAAAUAUUGAAUAUAAGUUAGCGAAAAUAGCAUUGAUGACAAUCUCAUUGUGGUUCAUGGCUUGGACUCCUUAUUUGAUCAUCAACUUUGCAGGCAUAUUUGACGUCUUAGCAUUGACUCCUGUGGCAACCAUUUGGGGAUCAGUUUUUGCUAAAGCCAACGCAAUUUACAAUCCAAUUGUGUAUGGAAUUAGCCACCCUAAAUAUCGUGCUGCACUCGUAAAGACAUUCCCAUCAUUGGGAUGUGGAGAAGUUGAAAAUUCUCACGAACUUCGAUCAACAGUUUCUGACAUUACUGCUAUUCCAAAUGAAGAAAUAUCAACUACAGCAUAAAUAUGUUUACUCAAAAUUUAUCAUAAUACAUUUAUAUUGAACAAAAAACCUAAAAAAAUUAUAAAAAUAACUUGUCAGUUGUUGUGAUAAACAAGCAAAUAAAUAUUUUAUCUAUAUGACAUUAAUCAUUGAAAAA